CCGCAAUACGUCGGAUGAACUAAAGGCUGCCAAACGUUCAGAAGGAAGGACUGUUUUGGACAGAGCACAUUUUCAUCGGGUAAGUAGCUUAAGUUUUGUUCUCUUCCAAUACGGAUAUUGCCUACGUGCACCUGAUUCCGGGUAUAGGCGUACUCUUAAAUUGUCCAAUGUAGACCUAACGAACAUCCCUAUCUGGCUGACAUCGAUUUCAUAGGUCACGCCCUUUUUACAACAUUCCAUUAAUAUUGUUUAAGGUAUGAUAACUUGUAGAAUAUUACGAUUGCUUCCACAUCGGCAUGUAACGCACUGAUGAACAUCAAACCUGUUUAAUAUUAUCUAAAUUAAAAAAAGAAAGAUAGAAAUGAAAAAAUGAUUUUACAUACAGAUGCAGGGGGUGUGGCGCAUUUGUGAGAAAGAAAAGUUCAUUUGUUUUUUCGGGGGGUCGGGGGGUGUUUGUUGUGUGUGUGUGUGUGUGUGUGUUUGUGUGUGUGUGUGAGAGAGAGAGAGAGAGGUUGGAGGGUUGGGUUAAGACAACAUCAACCCAUUAAUAAAGUAUUGAAUGCACUUGUGAAAAUAUAGCCCCCAAAAUAUAUGAAGACAAAUUUCAUGGUAGGCACAAGGAAGUUUGAUUUCAUCUUUUUAACAUGCUUAAUUUUUUUUAAUGCUAUGUUUGUCACCAGGAAGAUUUCUCAGAGCUCAGAUAAAGAACAUCAGUGAUAAAUUAUGGCAGUGAUUCAUAGAUUGCUUUUUAUGAUCUAAGUCCCUCUUAAGUGAAUGUAUUUAGUCAAUGUUUCACCUGUACAGGUAUAUGAAUGUUUGCUGGUCUCAUGUAUAUAGUGGGUUUUAUCAUAGCUAGGUAAUGAAGGUCUGUACAUUCAUGAAUGACUGAUCAGGAUAGGAAUCUGGGUCACCCCAACUCACCUGUUUUUAUGAAUGAACUCGAUGAAAGUAUGCACAUAAAGAAUGUGUGGUUACCAAAAUUUGUAUUUCAGAAAUCUAACAUGCUAAAUAUUCUCUCUUUCUUGUCCUUAAAAAAGGUACAGGUUUGUUUAACAGUGUAUUAAUUACUCUGACCAACACUAAUUGUAUCAAGUUGAAAAAAGAGAGAGCAGUAUUGUUGAUUUUUAAUAUAAUGCAUUUAGUUCCACAAGCAUAUUAUUAAUGUAUGUGUUUUGAACAGUCAUGUUGGAAAAAGGUCAAGAUCUUUAAAUACAACAUCUUAUUGACAUGCUGCCAAAAUCUGUUCACUCUUUUGUGUUUGUGAAGAAAAUGAUUUGUAAGUGAAGCAUUCCUAAACAUUUUUAUACCAGAUGUAACACCCCUGAAAUAAUUAGAUCCACAUUUCUGGUCAAACAUGAUGUAGGCCUCCUUAAGUAAACACACAUCCCCUAACCUAGGCAUUCCACAUAUUGCUCAUAUAAAAUCUCUGACUCAUUGAGCCCUUGUCAAAAUUCAACUCCUACACGAUUUUUCUUUUAUCUGUGACUUGACUUCCAAACUAAGCAGAUUAUUCCUGAUUUCUGUAGAGGUUUCACAACAGUUACGCAGACUCAAACAAAAUGGCAGGACUUGUAAAAGCAAAGAAAUAUGACUGGAAGGAUUCCAAUAUGGCCUUGUUUGGUUCUGACACAGAACGCCAAGUCAAAAAGGAGUCAGCCAUGACAGAACCUGCCUGGGAGGGGGCCGGGACUGAAGUAGGGGUCAAAAUCUGGCGUAUUGUGAAAUUCCAAGUCACAGAUUGGCCCAAGGAGGACUACGGAAAAUUCUACAAUGGAGAUUCCUAUAUCAUUCUAAAAACGUACAAGGAGGGUGACUCUGAGGACCUGAAGUAUGACCUCCAUUUCUGGAUCGGCACAAACAGCUCACAGGAUGAGUACGGAACAGCUGCUUAUAAGACAGUAGAACUGGACACGUUCCUGGACGACAAGGCCGUUCAAUACCGUGAAGUACAGGAUCACGAGUCCAACAAGUUUAAGUCAUACUUUGACACCAUUUUGUUGAUGGAAGGUGGUGCAGAGACUGGAUUUCGACAUGUGGAACCUGUAGAAUACAAACCCCGCCUUCUGCAGUUCAACGGCAAGGGACGCCACAUCACAGUGAAGGAGGUAGCAUUCACUGAGAAGAGUCUGAAGAGUGAUGAUGUGUUUGUAUUGGACAAGGGACUUGAAAUUAUUCAGUGGAAUGGAGCUGGUUCUAACGGCAUGGAGAAAAUGAAGGCUCAAACAUUCUGUCAGCAAUUGGAGGCGGAGCGAUCAGGGGCCAGUAACUCUGUGGUGGAGGAGGGAUCCCGCGCACCAGAAUUCUAUGAAGGUCUCCCUGAUGAUGAUGUUGAGGCUGACGAGGAAGAAGAGGCCACCACUGGGGAAAUGACACUGAUGAAAGUGUCAGAUGCUAGUGGAAAAGUGGAGAUGUCUGAGGUUAAGAAAGGAAGUGUCACCCAGGACGAUUUGUCUUCAGAUGAUGUCUUCCUUGUUGACAACGGUCUGCAAGUGUUUGUUUACGUCGGAGCCAAUGCUUCUUCUGCAGAGAAGAGGAACGGAUUCCCGUAUGCUCAUAAAUACAUCCAGGAAAACAACAAGAAACCAUUCAUCCAUGUCACUGUUGUCAAGGAGGGGCAAAAUUCCGAAUUACAGACCCUGCUCCAGUAAACAUCGAUGUAAGGUCCGCCCAGUUUGUCACAUGACUGCCAGUAACUUUGUAAACACAGCUUAAUAGAGAUUUAUGGCUUCAAGCAAGAGGGACAUGUGUGCAACAUUACUGUUUGAUUUAAAGCUGAUUUUCUCCUUUCUGAUAAGGUAUAAUACUUGUAUUUAUGAACAAAUGUAUAUUUAAGAACAUAUUUUUGCAAACAUUUGAUUUUUACAACGAAGUUUUUUUUUCUAAGCAACUGAUUUUGAAAAUGAAAGCUAACCAAAAUAUAUUUAUACUGCCUGGAGGGCUUUCAGUAAGGAAUUGCUUCAGAUGCCAUUUUACAUGAUACAGGGUGAGCUCUCUCUCUCUCCUACAUCUUUUGUUGCUAGGCAUUUCCAUCACUGGUUGGAUAUUUUGUAGAUUACUUAUGUUAUGUUGUGCUUAAUGUAUUAUUUAUAUGUUGUGAUUCAUAAUACCAUACUUUAUACCAUUUAUUAGUAAGAAAAAUAAUGGUUAUGGUUUUCAAAGCAAAGUAAGCAUUUUUUCAUUUUUGUUGAAGAUUAGCCUAUCUAAUAUUUUCACAUUUCAUGAUCUUAUUUUUACACAGCUCAUUCAAAUUUAUUUUUUCAUUUUGUUAAUUUGCUCUGAUGAAGAAAUUUUUCAAAUUUUUUAUACAUAUUUUAUAAUUUAUUCAACUUCUUUUGUACUUUGCACAUUCUCUUUUUUGUGUGUGUAAACAUUAUUGUUUUUUUGACAUACAAAGCUGCAAUAUAGAGACAGAUCACAUGCCAGUCAUGUGACUUGUCUCCUUGUCAACUUUUCCUGCUUCCCGUAGAUGUAUAUUAAUUACAUAUCUAACAAUAAAAUAUUUCACACACUG